ACCCUGACCUCCGCCACGCCAUCUAUCCGUCCUCCAUGAAACUAGGCGUCCGCUACCACCUGCGUUCCCUCUGCGCCACGCCCCUCUGCACCGACUCCCUCGUGCUGUACCUGGCCGGCCCUACGCUCAACGACGGCACGCUCCUGCUGUGGGACCAAGACAGGAACGGACUGCUACGAGGCGGGGAGGUGUACACCCCAAGGGAACUGUUGCGUGACCUGGAGAACUGCGCCGCCAGACAGGUCACGCUGCUCGUCGACACGUCCUAUGCGGGUGAGGGCGUGAAGGCGUUUGCGCACUCCAAGAAGCACAGGAAUGUCCAGGUUUACGCCGCGGGGGGGUCCGAUGACUACUCCUGGGGCACGGAGUUCACUAGACACUGGACUCUACUACUCCCACACGCACUCCUGCACUCGCCAGGUUCAUGA